AGAAGUUAAUUAGCAAUGAAAGCCGGCAGUUGCCUUGUGCUCUCCAUUUGCGCCUUGAGUCUUUGUGGCUUGACAGUGGGCCAACGCAUCGAGGAUAUAUGCACGUUGUUCUCGGAUAAUACGGUCAUACGUGAUCCGGAAUCGUGCAGUCGCUCGAUCACAUGCGUGGACGGCAAGAGCACCUACAGCACCUGCAAGAGUCCAACUCCGUUCUUCGACAAGGACACGCUGAAGUGUGUCAAGACAUUGCCGGAUACGGAAAAUUGUAAUAUUUCGUGUGAGAAUGCGGCGACUCGCUUUGUGAGAGAUCCAAAGUCGUGCUUCGGCUACUAUUACUGCAUAGAUGAGCAGACACCUGUCUAUGGCACCUGCCCGGACGCCACGCACUUCAAUGAGGCCAUUCAGGAGUGCAUCUGGAGCACUGCCUCCGAGUGCCACUCAAGCAAAUUCGACUACUGCAGCAUCAUCAAGAACGGCGUGAACUUUGACAAUACGCUCGGCUGCAAUCGCUACUAUGUGUGCACCAAGGGCAAGCUGGAGGACAAGACCUGCAAAUCGGGCUACUAUCAGAGACGCACCGGAGAGUGUGUGGCCAAGACUCUGGUCAACUGCGAUGCCCAUCCCCUGCCGGCGAAUGUGUGCGGCACAACGAAGAGUCCGAAGCCGAAUACCUUGGUGCCCGAUGGCGCCACCUGUCACGGUUAUUUCAUCUGUGCCGACAAGGGACCGAACACGCCCGAUGAGAAUCCCACGUGGGCCAGGUGCAAGGAUGAUUUGUUCUUUGAUAAAAAUAGUCAGAGCUGCAUUGAACCCAAUAAGGUAGCCUGCUCCGAGGAUCGUUGCCAGGGUCGCACCCUACCCUUUGUGCUCAGCUCCACCAAGGGCUGUCGUCACUAUCUGCGCUGCACCAACGGUCGAACUCUGGACGAGAGGAGCUGCGGUAAUUUCUUCUUCGACGAAGCCAAUGCCGUGUGUGUCAGUCAGAUUUUAACCUAUGACAUAUGCUAGUCGUACAUACACAUAGAUCGGAUCAUGAAAU